CCUCGUCUUCGUUCUCAAGCAAACACGACGUACAGACGAGCACGAGAGUUCGUCUCUCGCGCUGGCGCAUUCACAGUCGUAGGAACUAAAGAAUCGCAACUGCAGAAUCCCUCACUGUCACUCUUCAAACCACAGCACCCAGCCACCACUCUGAAACCUUGUGUGUAAAAAAACUUUCUACGUCAGUACCAAAAUAGCCGAGGAGACUGAAAAUCGAUAACGUAAACGUUCGAUCUUCGGAGCGAGAAAUUAACGUCUAGUGUAGUACUUCGAAGUAACUGCUACACCAAAAAUUCUUCAAGAAAAAAAUCAAGCCACUCGAGCGUCGAAACUUGCAAGCGAUUUUUGACCACCAGUAGAGCAAGCCACUGCCAAGAUGGGGGACGAAAUGGACGAGAAGAAGAUGGACCUGAGCAAUCUGCUCGGGGCCCUGCGGGUGAACUCCCUGAAAGCCGCGAUUUCGUCGGCACCCAUGGAAAAGAGGGAAAAGAAGAAACUCGUCAUCCCCGACUCCUUGCGAAAAACGGAAGCGUAUUUAGUGUUUGCUUCAUCCAGCAUAAAGAUUAAAGAUUUGUUUUGAGUUUUCUUUUUCGAUGGUGGUAGUUUCGUCAGCUUUGAUCAAUGGGGAGAGUGGACGUUAUAUAUGAAGUUGAAGUUGAACUCUACUUUACUCGACUGAAUGAAUCUGAAAUUUGAAAUUAACUGAUCACAACAGCCUUCCGUUCUCGCCGAGAAAGCCCUUUCCACAGUGGAGCCCGCGGACCGUGGCACAGCAGACGCUGGAAUACAUCGGACAGGAGGAGGACACGUCACCACUCCGCAAACUCUGCCGCGACUCCGUCGAAAAAGUCAUCCCCUGCAGGGCGAUCGUAUUCAGACUUUCUGAUGUAGUUUUCGAUGAUGCACGGUAAUGCUAGGCAAUCUAUAAAUUCAUGACGAUGUUGUAGUUGAAGAUGAAGAUGAAUAACUACGCAUCCGAUCAUGAAACUUGUGGUCAUGGGGUUUCAACGACAAACGUAACGACCACCUAAAACACACACCGCGUUAACAAAACAGGUCCACCACAUCGAUGUCGACCCGAUGAAAGUGAAGAAGAGCAAGGGCGAAACAACACUGCACAACGUCACAACGUAAUGAAAUUCCAGUUUGCUUUUGACAUUUCAUGAAACUUGCAAAUGGAGUUACUUCUUUUCUUCUUCAGUACAAAGAAGAACCAACUUGAAUUUUCUUCUUCGUUCGUCUUUCUCUUUGUCUUUCACCUGUACUACUUUCAUAUCUUCAACUAAACACCAAAACACAAACAGGGUAAAUCGAAGGACGCAGCGCGCUAUGACAGCGGAGGAGGUUGCCGAGAACUGCGAAAAGAGCAUAACAUUCUUUCAGCAAGCACGGGAAACCAACCAAAAGAUGGUAUUGCGUGUUGUUUGUUUUUCAAUUGCUUUCAAUGAAUAUGAAACCCACACGCAAUUCUAUUUCUUUCGAAUGAACAAACCCAACCGCAAGCUGACUACGGGUACGAAACCCCUACAACACCCCUAGUGUCACUAGAAGAUUUUCAUAUCCAACUUCUGAGAAGACUAUACUACUCGGAUCCGUAUUGCCCACUCGCGUCUCCAGUCAACGAUGAAUAAGAAUACCACUCCCAGCAGCCCUUCCCAUAGACAUAGUCCUAAAUUAAUACUAUCAUGCUACCAAGAAGAUACAUAGACCCAUUUGUCAAAACUAGCAGGCACUCUCCCCAUUGAAUUUUCAAACAGGAAGAGCUGUAUCCGGGGGGCAUGUUUCCGAAGAAGGGAAGUGCGUGGGCCAAGAUGAGAGAAAAAUCGAAGAUGCGUGGCAAAUUGGCAAUGGGGUUUCCGAUCCCCGAAGGCGACAAGGAGAAAAAGAGCGACGAUGAGUGAAAUGUCGAAUCGAUGCUGAUGUAGCUCCCAAAUCGAACUUAGACAUUCAGAAUGACUAAGGCGCUUUUCUUCUCGCAAAAUAAUUCCAAGAAAGGAACGUCAGUUGCAAUAGACAAGCAAUCUUUUCAUUGAGUUAGUAGACAUUCAAUCAUGCUUGAAAAAAAUUUUCGUUUCCCCGAAGUUUCAAAUCACAUAAAUUUGAGAAGUGCACCCAGUUUCCGUAGUUUCUGUAAGUUUAGCAGGUAGCCCCUGUAGUCCAAACCUUCUGAUUACUUUUUUCGUAAGCAUGCUCAAAUGCCAUAAUUUUUGAGCAGUGGAAGUACCCCUUGUUUGUUACUGCUUCUGACCAUAUUUAGAAAAAAUGCACAUGCAUUGAAGAACCUCUUUCUCACUGUACAUUUGUGCAUGACCACAGCAUGGAGCUUGAACAAUUCAAUUUGAAAGCAACCAACAAAUCCAAAACAAACUCACAGCAAAAGGACGCGAAGCGCGGGACCGCGUGGAGCAAGCUGCGGAAGAAGUUUCAGCAAAACACUCUGAAUUAAGCGGAAAAAACCACAACAUCUUUAGCACGCCACGGCUCUACUUGUAGUAGAUCUUGAUGCUCCACCUCUUGUGUUUGAAUAUCUUCUCCUCUGCUGCUGCUUUUUGAGCUUUUUCUAUACACAGUACGUGACAGCACUACGAUCAUUAUCACCGCCGCGAAUCCAUUAGAAGGACACUACAGUCGUUUUUUUUGCCCAAAAAAGAAAAGAAAUGAUGUUGCAUUAGAUGGAGUGCUGGAAAAAACAUAUCCUUCUGUCCUCUGUAAAAGUUCAUAGCAUGCACAUCAUGCUUUUCGGUCGAUUAGAGAUCAUCGUUUACAUGUGCCGCUCGUGAGAAAAAUCUCAUGCAAUUACAAGGGGAAGAAUCACAUCAGGUGUCGACCUUUCGACUCUAAAGAUUCCUUGAUGCUGUUGUACACCUACUACCUGCGUCCAAACCCUGCUCGAUGAGACACGGUAGGGCAACUGUGUUGAUUCUUAUCUUUCUCAAAAACUUGCAGGUUCCCGUUCUUCCCCGCUUAGUAGGUUGUACCAGCAUGGCGUUGAAUUAGAACCGCUUAGUUUUCAUGCCACUACGUCUACUUCACGUUCACCCCUUCGCAUAGAUUUUCCCCACGCCAACUUUCGCACCGCGCAUUUUUCAGUUUUCCCCGGCCUGAAACUAACCGCCCGUUUCAUCGACAUAUCGCUUUGCAGGUGCUUCAUUCGUUGUAGUGACAGUGCACUCUUUUGAAUACGAUACUACGACUUGCCUCGCGCUCGCUCGCAUUUUUUGACUACGCUCUCUGGUAAUUGUACUACGACUCGCCUACUGCAGCUACGGCUUGUUGUUGAGUAGGGCAAGCUUCAACUCAGACCUAGUAGCUCGGCUACUGUUUUGUUGUUUAAAGUAAGUCUUUGGGCAACAUGCAGAGCCAGAGGAGUUUAGUAUGCGAACGGAGCGGAAUCAAAAUUCCUAUUCCAAUUCCUUGAUGAAGAGCUGCUAGCUUAUCUUGAAGCUCGAAACUACGCAACGCGAAUUUCAUGAGAGUGAACGACCUGUGAAAACGGAUUCUUGCCGGUGGUUUCUGAACCUUGGAUAAGUGUGCAAUGCAACAAAGAAGGCCUCCUGAAUGACAAAGCCCGCUUCUCCUGCUAGCUGUAAGAUUUGUACAAUUUGCUUUUGUUUUACUAAAAAAUGUACCUCACGAAGAACCACCGGCAGCAUUAAAUUGUGUCACCAUAUGAAUGAAAUUUGAGAAGAAUCAUAGAGCCUACAUACGUCCCAGCGCGAGGGCUUUUGGAAUCA